CAGGUUUACAGAAUAUUAAAAUUAAUGUAUUCUUAUACUGUUGGAAAAUAUUCUGCAAGUUAUAAAUACCAAAAAAUAACAAAAAACAUUUUAAACAAAUAAUUUUUUUAUUUAAAACACAUAAAAUUCAAAGUGACAAAUAACAAACAAAACAAAAAACAGCUGAUAAUCAGUCCAUCAUGGCUGCCGAUAGCGAUGGUCUCCUAAACAUGAAGAUGUUAAACUUUUAUUUAAUUUUUGUUUUAAAAUGUCGAAAACAUUUAAUUUUAUAAUUAUUUUAGAGUUUUUAAUUUAUUAUUUAUCAUGCCACCAAAAAAAUCAAGCAAGAAAAAAUCAGUUAAAAAUUUAGGAGAUGUAACUUUAAAUGACUUUGCCAAUUCAUCUAUACCAAAGAGUCGGCCGAAAAAAUCAUCAAGCAAUGUGUCCAUUGUUGUUAAACAAGAAGUAGAAAAAAGUUGGGAUGCAAAAGACGAUGAAGAAUUUGAGGGAGUUUUUGUUGCUCAAGAAAAUGAAGAUGGCACCACAAGUUAUAUUAUACAAAAAAGGGACACACAAGUACGAAAGAAAACUCUAUCUACAAGUAAAGAAUGUACAGUGGGAAAUAAUUUUGGCAGAGAUUAUCCUAUAGAUAUUUGGUAUAUAUUAUCAGAAUAUAUAAGACCUGAAGAUGUCGGAACAUUUGCAUCUAUUUGUAAAACUUCUCAUGAGGUUGUCUGUAGUUCCAGAUUUUGGUUUGGGUUAUAUCGUAGAUAUUAUAGAUCAGUAUCAACCAUGCCAGAAUUUUUGCAGCCUGAAUGUUUAGUAAGGAAAUAUGGUCUAAGAGCAAAUGUUAUUAGGGCAUUAUAUUACAUGUAUCAGCCAUUUAUUGAUCGGAUUAUACCUGUUACUACAUUUGAGGAACAUCCCGAAUCACUAAACAAGUUUGAAUGUCAUUUACUUUGGCAUACGAUGAAGAAUAGAACAUAUACUUAUUAUUUUAAAAUGAGGAAGAGGCUGAUUGAUAUAAAAGUGCAUUCCAGAAGUCAACCAGAACAACCUGAUUUAUUAGAAAUAUUAGAUGAUAUAUUUGUGAAUCAAGAUGAAUACUGUCGUAUAUUGAAAGUAUCAUGUUUACAUCAAGGUCUUGUUCCACCUGUUAUAGGUCUGAAAUUGACAUCUGUGUCUCUUACGCUUUCUUCAGCCCCCCGUUUCCGAUACCAUCGUUUGCAGUUGGGCUUUGGAUCUGGAUUAAAUAUUUCUUCAAAAGCAAAUCUGGUUGACGCUUUUGUAAUCCUGGACCCAGUUACUAAUAUACAAAUACUAGAUUGGUGGCACCCCCUCUAUCCAUGCAAUCAUAAUAUGGGAUCACUUCUAAAUCAGGAUUAAGUUUUCUAAGUUGAAAAUAUAUAAAUCCACUAAAUUUCGACUAAAUACGACGAUGAUAAAUAAGUAAUAAUCAGAUAUAAUUAUAUUAAUGUUUGUUUUCAUUUGCUUAGGAGAGUGAGGUAUUAGGGUGUACCAAUUUUUUUUUCUUUUUAUUACCGUGAAAAUAUCGUUCAGGAUGAUGAAAAAAAUUCUGGUAAAGUUUGAGCCUUUAAUAUUAAUAUUAAGAGGUGUCUCGUCGUGAUUUUCUAUUUCCCAUUUAAAUAACACGAGGAAACAAUUUUUUUCUUUCUUGCCUUCUAACAAAUCAGCGUUUUGUAAAAAUCAAUACAUAUUCUUGUAGGAAAUCGAACGGUCUUCAAAGAAGGUCUGAUAUGAAUUUUCAUUUAAUCGACUCGUUUGAAAGUUAUUGAAGGUUAAAUUUCAACUUCAAAUUGUAUAUGGCAACUUCCAAAAAUUUCUAUAUUUUAUUACGCAAUAAUGGCUUAAAAACAUAAAAUAUCAUAUUUCAUGUUUUUGGGCCAUUAUUUCGUGAUAAAAUAUAAAAAUUUUUUGAAAGUUAUAUACGAUUAAGUUGAACUUUAACCUUCAAUAACAACUUUCAAACGAGUCGAUUAAAUGAAAAUUUAUAUCAGACAAACGCUGAUUUGUUGGAACGCAAUAAAAUUCAAAAAAAAAAGAAUUUGUUUUCCCAUGUUAUUUAAAUAGGAAACAGAAAAUCACUAUGAGACAUCUCUUAAUAUUAAUAUUAAGAGCUCAAACCUUACAAGAUAUUUUUUCGUCAUCCUGAAAUAUCAUUCAUGGUAACUAAAAAGAAAAAAAAUAUUUUUUUUGGUGCACCCUAGUGAGAUAUAUUAUGGUCAAAGUUAUAGUAAGAAAAUGGUAGAAAGUUGUAUCCAGUCCUUCCUAUAAUUUUGAUUAUUGUAUUAUUUAAUAAUUAAGGAAAAAUACUUUAUUUUGUAUAUAUUUCUUUCUUGAUACUUUUUACUUUGUAGUGACUAAAACAAUCUUAUUUUGUUGAUAUUAGAUAUCUGCUUUAAACAUUUAAAAUGUAUUUUUUUGAAUAUUAAAUAUUCUGCUAAUUUAAUUAUACCUUGUUUAAGAUAAGUUGAGUAUGAAACAAAUAAAUAAAAAUUUUAUAUUUUGGGGAAUAUUUGGUAUUAUAUAUGACAUCUUGGUUUGGUUAUAAUGAUGCAUAAAAAUAUUACAAUUUACAAAUAAGAAUUAUUCUGUUUUACUGCCGUGUUAAUGAAAAACACCUUAACUACAAUUGAGAUACAAGAUUUGCAUUAAAAUGAUUAAAAUAUUUUCAAAUUAAAUGGGAAGCAAACACACCUUUUGUUUCAUUUUUGGAAUUUAAUGAAAUAUAAAUUCACUUCAAGUCUAAAUCUGAUGGUUAUAUUAUAUAAGAGUAUCCUAUUUUAUUUUUCUUUUUCAAAAGGGGUUUUCUUUAACACAGCAGUAUAGUUAACGAUUUAGAUCGAAUAUGACACAGACAAAACCUAUACAGGAAAAAAUGUAAAGUGAUAACUCUUGUAAAGUGAGUUUAUGACCUGUUCCUUCGUUGGAUAAACUUAGUAUGUAUUGUAUUUUAUACAAGAGUAUAUACCGUAUGAUCAAAAUAAACGGCGUUAAGUCGGCUUGGAAACAACAAUGGAUGACAUUCGCCCUAUUAUUUUGCACAUAAAAUGAUAGCAAUCUUCAUUUCCAAGCCAACUCUGACGCCGUUCAUUUUAUUGUACGGUAUAUAGGUAUUUAUUUUAGCGUUGUUUGAGAUUCUCAGGUUUCAUUCAGAACCUCGAAAUUUGUGAAAUAAAUUAGUGGUUUCAAUUAGCGUAGAAGUUUGUUCCUCUAAUUUCAAUGUAAGUAUUUAGAAAGUUAAAUUAGUCGUGGUAAUUUUCAGUAAAAAAAAGUUAACAAACUUUUAACUUUUCCACUAAUUAAUUAUACUUAAAAAUUUGCGAGUCAUUUUGGCCUUUAAUUAUCACCCGUCAAGAGAAAUUGUGGUUAGAAAUCAAAAUUAUAUUGUUUUAUAAGCUAAAUAUUAAGUCUUUCUCUAUGGGGACAACUGACUAGUUGUUACUAAAAUAUUCUAUUAAUAUUAAUUGUAUUUUUUCAGGGAAUCGGAAUGAUCGUAAGAGACCACUCAUUUAUUGAACUAAUUUAGAGGUUGUAAAUGCCGCUUCAGUCACUGCAAUUAUUUUAUGAUCAAUAUAAUUUAUUAUAAUAUACUUAGUACUGGACUUAGUGGACUCUGAUAAAAAUAUGAUUGUAACAAUCAUUUCUUUAUGCUUUAUAGAAGUUGUAUUUAGUUUUUUUAUACUUUUUUCCAACAAAAUUUUGAUGCAAUGAAAAUUCUAUUCAAAGUUUUGUGUAAUUGUGAAUAUUUUUGUUUUACAGUGUUUCUUUGAAAUACACAUAACUAUUCUAUUGUUUAACUAUAUUUUUUUAUGAUUGAAGGGUAAGGGGAAAAACCAGACAAUGCCACAAAACCGACUUACAGUGUUUUUUUAAUGUUCCCAAUUUUGUAACAUUAAAUCACCAUUAUAUUAUCGAAUACCACAAGAUGUUUCGGGAUUACCAAAU